GAGAGAGAGCAUCUAUAUACUAACACUUAUUCAGCACAGGAAUGGUUUGGUUAAUAGUACGGGAUUUGAGAGGACGCCCCGGCAGAAUCGAGAAGUACCUCUAUUCUGGCCGUGUGUAAACAGAAUAAACAGAAUGGAAUGAAAUGUCAAAAAGAUACUUGGAGUUCUGCUGUGUUAGAGGAAUAUAGCAUAUCAUACUACUAAAACACAUUCUUGUAAAGUGGUAGCAAAUUCAGAUUGCCAAGAGAAACAGGCCGAAAUUCAAUUCAUAGGAAAAUACGGCAUGUUUUAUAAGGAACAUUUGGCGUAAUAACUUGACGAGUGUCUACUAAAGGCGAUUGUAUGUGACAACGCUUGAGAUCAAGCUUUGAUUCUGUAAAAUUUCGUAGCAACUCCAAACAAGAAAAUGUUUGUGGCGAUUAAGUCCUCCUGUGUCAAUCCAAAAAACCUGUUUUGCUUUGUGUGCGGUAAGUAUACGCCGUCGCAUCAUAAGCGCUCGAUUAUGACCAUCCCCAUCAUGGAGGCGUACGAGGCAUUCUUCAGCAUUCGUACGCAGAAGGAAGACUAUGUGCAUGGUCCAGCUUCGGUAUGUAAUGAUUGCAACCAGGCUCUGUUGCGGUUGAAAAUUGGUCAAUAUCCUCGUCCGCCACUUCCCUUCUCUACACCUAUGAUAUGGAAAGCACCAAGUAACCAUACCAACGAUUGCUACUUUUGCAUGACCAAGACGAUUGGUGAAGGGAAGAAAAAAAUUGCACAAUAUCCAGACAGCAUCCCGUCCGCGAUGAAGCCCAUACCGUGUGAAUUGGAAGUGGCGGUCCCAGUAGGUUCUCAACCAAAUUCUGCGCUUGCUACCACCAUUGCAGCUAUGCCUCCCGCACCGGUGACUAUCAAAAAAGCACUAAGUGCUUUAGAAUCCGUGGUAAAACUGCCUGUGUCGCCAAACUGGUCAGUGAGUGUUAAAAAAGUUAAACUUGAUAACGUACAUCAGAAACAAGAGAUUCCAACAACGCCACUGGUUGCUCAAAAACAACUUGUUUCUGACGUUCCUAUCCCUGCUAUGUCCAUCCCAGAUGCACCCAUAAGACAACAACAUCAACAGUUGAAAGUUAGGCCGGAUAUUCAACUUAAACAAAUCCACACAUUGCCGGAAAGUAUACGAAUAUCGCAACAGAUAGUGCCAAAGCCUCCAGUUAACGCUUCCAAAGGACAGCAUAAACGCCGGCCGCAAUUACAACAAAUGCACUUACAGCGAAUACCUACUAGUAUGGCGAAUAUUCCACAAAAAGACGAUCGAACCUUGACUAAGCCAGUUAUACCAGCAUAUACGGUGUUUUCAAACGAACCAAUCACGAUCGAAAUCGACGAUGACGAGCCCGAAGAACGGAGCAAACCAGUCGCGCCUACCGCCAAACCAGCCGUGAAGACAAAUGGAGUCCCAUUUCAGCAGCAGUACCAGAACGGAACUCCAUGCUCCCGAAGCACGGCUGUUCGAAUGUCAUCGGUAUCAACCAAUGUGGUAUCUAGCACUAGCACAAUUUCCCAGAAGCCUCACCUGAUGACCGCUUCCGAUCUUGUUUCGUUAAUUCGCGAGCUUGAGCUUCCCCGGGAUAAAGCCAGCCUACUAAUAGAUCGUUUCCGAGAGCGAAAUCUGUUGGACAACCAGUGCUUAUCGCAAAUAGGUAGCGGUUCCAACAAAACUCCAGAAUUUAGACGACGUGCCCCAAAGAGUGCACUAUCACAAACAGCAACAGCACCUGCGCUGGUCCAUUCCACAAGCUCCAACAAACGGAAGUGGCAAGGAAUGUGUUGAAAAGUUUGAUCAAAUCUUUCCACAGACUAUAAAGGCUGAAUAGAGCGCAACGCAACACGAUUCCUAUAUAUAAGGUUAUUCUAGACGUUUCUGCAAUGUGGAGAAGCAACGACUACUUACACUAGAGAGAGUGAUAAUCUAAUAGUAUUAUAUACUCGAUAUGUUUUCGUUUUUUGCCGCGAUUAUUUGUAUGUUGUGCCAUUGAUGUCUACGAAGGCUCAAUAAGUUUUCUCGAAAUAAAUCAUUCUGGCGAAAAACAUAGUCUUGUGCGAAAGAAAAAAAGCCUCCCGAAACUUAAUCAUCGCCUCCCAAAAUGGUUGAAAGUGAUAUGUUCGACUACUACCGGGAACAUCUUAUUUUAAAAUUUAUGAACUGAUUUAUUUUAUCCAUUGCUUCUGUAUUCUACCUCUUCUAUCACUGUUUUAUACUUAGUUUCAAUUAUUUUUUUGUAUCAUUGUAUCACUUAUGCACGACGUAACAGUGUCCAUUGUUGUGGACAUGGUAAACUAUUUGUCUUAUUUUUUAAAAGAAGUAUCAAUCGAUUACGCUAGGUAUUCUGAAAUGCACCAUCACAGUGGAAUGAACGAAGAAUUCGAUCCUAUGUGUUUCGAUGUGAAUCGAGAUUGUAAUACUAAUGGGAUACAAUUUUGCAACUAAAUAUUUUUCCUAUCGGUUAGAUUGUUUUUUUUUUUACGCGAUGUUGCUUAAAAAUUAAUAGAUAACUAAAUUCUAAAUGUGUUAUCAUUGCCUCAAUAACAAAUAAGUAAGGGUUAUUAACAGCUUUAUUCGACCCAGUCUAGCUUCUUUACUUGACCCAAUGUCAAUUUGUUAUCACCAAACAAUCAUAUCUUUUCCAUAACAGCAUUAACCUUCAGAAUGUCUGCUUGGAUCGAUAUGGAACUCAGGUUUCACUACAUUACUAAUCACACGGGCGAGGGUUCAUCAUCGCCAUAGAAUAUCACGAUUAAUUCUGUUUAGUAGAUAAAUGAAACACACUGUAGAUGUGUGAUCCAUUGAUUUUUACUAAGCUGCAAUAGUCAUCAUUUAUUGCAGCCAGUUCAAAUAAGUCUUCGCUAGCUUAGGUUAUGUUCACUUAAACUUGAUUGAAAUAUUACACAGAAAAAUCAAAAUGUUUAUGUAGGAUACUGUUGCGGUGAAAAUGCUCGAUUU